AUGAACUCACAAUCUCACUUCUUCAAUCUUCUCCUCUUCACACUUCUUCUCCCAUUUUCCCAUUCUUCAACCAAUGAACUCACUACCUUACUUUCAUGGACACAACCCUCCACAAACCUCCCUACACCCCCUUUUUCCAACAUAAACCCCCUAGACACAAAUCCAUGCAAAUGGUCAUUCAUAACAUGCUCUUCACAAAACCUUGUAACUGAAAUCAUCAUCCAAAAUGUCCAACUAGCCCUUCCUUUUCCUCCAAACAUCUCUUCAUUUUCCAAUCUUCAAAAGUUAGUUAUUUCAGGUACCAACCUCACUGGAACUAUUCCAUCUGAACUAGGUAACUGCCUUAACCUAAUCACCAUUGAUCUUAGCUCAAAUAGUCUUGUUGGUGAAAUUCCUUCAACUAUUGGAAACCUAAAAAAUCUUCAAAACUUGAUUCUUAAUUCUAACCAAUUAACUGGUUCUAUACCAUUUCACCUUGGUCAUUGUGUUAAUCUCAAAACCCUAGAUAUUUUCGAUAACAACCUCACCGGAAACCUUCCAAAUGAACUAGGAAAUCUUACAAAUCUUGAAGUUAUAAGAGCUGGUGGAAACAAAGAUAUUGUAGGGAAGAUUCCAGAAGAGUUAGGUGAAUGCAAGAACUUAACUGUUUUAGGGCUUGCAGACACUAAAAUUUCUGGUUCAAUACCUAGGUCAUUAGGUAAAUUAACUAAGCUUCAAACUAUAUCUAUUUAUAGUACUUCGAUAUCGGGUGAAAUUCCUCGAGAAAUCGGUAACUGUUCUGAGCUUGUUAACUUGUUUUUGUAUGAGAAUGAUCUUUCUGGUGAGAUUCCUUUUGAAUUAGUAGCUUGA